GUGGACUUGUGAGCUUCUAUGUACUUCUGUAUUCUUUGAUAAUUGUGCGUUUAGUUAAUCGUUUGAGUGAUAUAAAUUGUAAUUUCGUAGUAAAUAUUUGUAAAAAAAUAUAGAUAUAAUACAAUUAUUACAAAUAUAAAUAAUACAUUUACUAUCAAAAAUGAAUAUUUUCAGAAGACUUUUUUUAUUAAAUAAAUUUGUAAAUAAUGUGCCAAAAUUUCUAACCUCCGAAUCUUCAGCCAAAGCAUUCAUCGAAAACGCAGAAAAUGAAAAAAGUAUUAUUGUUAAUAAAACCGGUAAAAUUACUUUAAUCGCUAUAAAUAGGCCAGAAAAAAAAAAUGCAUUGGAUACUGCAACAACUAAAUUACUCUGUGAUGCAUUGGACGAAUUUGAAAAGGAUGAUAAUGCUGCUGUGGGUGUACUGUAUGGUAUAGGAGGAAAUUUCUGUGCAGGUUUUGAUUUACAUGAAAUUGCAAAUAGUGAAGGAAAUGAAAAUAAAUUACCGCAAUUUGGAGCACUGGCUAGUAGAAAUGAAUUGACCAGUAAACCAUUAGUGGCCUCGCUAAAUGGAUAUGCGGCAGGUUUUGGAUUAGAACUGGCAUUAAUGUGUGAUGUACGAGUCAUUGAAGAAACCGCAGUUAUAGGAUUUUUGAAUAGACGUUUUGGAAUACCUAUUCUGUGCGGAGGUACAGUUCGUUUACCAGCUGUGAUUGGAUAUGCUAGAGCUAUGGAUAUGAUUUUAACAGGAAAAUCUAUUACUGGAGAAGAAGCUUUCAAUAUUGGACUUGCUACUAAACUCACAACGUGUGGUACUGGUUUAGGUCAAGCAGUCAAUUAUGCAAAAUCUUUGGUAAAGUUUCCACAACAGACUUUACUAGCAGAUCGUACCUCUAUGCACUAUGCUACUUUUUUGGCUAAACAAAUGGAGGAGGCAUUGCAAUUUGAAAAAGACAAUGCUUCUCAUCUUUUAAUAGAAGAAGGUAUAGAAGGAGCUAAAAAGUUCGCCGAAAAAGGUAUAGGCAGACAUGGAAAAUUUUAUAAUCUCACUGAACAAGAUGAUACUAUCAGAGAAUUAGAUAAAAAUCUCUUAUGAAUAUCAAACGCGUUAGAUUUAUUUAUUCCUUUUUUAUGUCUCCAACAAAAAUAUUAAAUCUUAAAAUUCAUUUAAAAAUAAGUAACAUUUGUAAUAAUUAUUUUUGGCGCGUUUUUCUUCUGGCGAAUUCUUUUCAAUAUUUCCAUACAUUUCUUUCCUGUUUUUGUAUUUAAAAGAGGUACUAACGUUGUAACUUCGUUAUUAGUAUGACCUAUGUACAAAAUGUUACCUAGAAACAACAAUUUAGAAGUUGAAAGUUCAGCUAUAGAUAAGUUCCUUAAUUGACAAUUAAUUUCGUCGCAAAAAUCGAUUGUACCGAAGAAUUUAUACUCUUUGAUGAUCUAGAAAAUAAUAUUAUCUAAGUUAUCAUUUAGAAUAUUAAUUACACGCUUUAUCCAAUCGAACGACUUGUCGAACGUAAUCUAAUAUAAGUUCAAUAGGACAGUCAACGUUCACUAAGAGUUCCUUGUCAGUAGAUACUGUUUCAACGUCUUUAUCAUCAUCAUCAUUACUUUUGAAAACAUAUUCCACUUUCAUUAAUAAAAAAACACCUGUACAUUACCAUAAUAAAUUACCAUGAUAUUUCACUUUUAUUAUACUCAUGUAGAAUUUAGAAUAAAUCGACGAUAUUUUAGAUCUGCAAUUGUUUAUAAGAGUAACUAAAUUUUAAGUUUGACUUAAAACUAAUUAAAUUAAGUAAAAAAUUUUUAUAAAUAAACAAAUGAAAUUAA